CCUUUUCACCUGUUUAUAACAGAGGAAAUUUUCCAGUGUUUGAAUAAUUUAGUACAUCAUUUUGAGCAAAAUUUUCCAACAUGGUGUGUAUUCGACCAUUUGAGAUAUGUCUUACGACAAUUUUCGCGAUUUUGUGUUUAUGGCUCAACAGUGCUAUGGUCAAUGGCCAAGAUGUUCUUUUCAACUGUGACCCAGAUGAUGCCAGCUGUCUGUGUGCUGACCUGAGCAACGCUUCCAGCUGUUUCUGUGACUGGGGCUAUGUCCUCGACCCAGACUACACUCCCUCAAUUGGGAAGAUGAAGUUCUGCACCAGGAACUGCAAGCAUGGACAUCUGCAUUGCUGGACUGACCCCACAUCCCACAUAGUAUGUCCAGAGGGAGAGGAAACUUGCACAUGUGCUUUCGGAUACACUGCUACUCUCAGCCAAAACGAGGUUAUCUGUGUGCCUGUGAACUGUCACAAGAAGUACCUUCUGAACGACAACGAGCUAUGUCUUUGUCCCCCUCACGGGAUGAACUCCACCGAGGUAGAUUGCGAAUGCGUGGACGGGUUCGUCGGAAACAAGACCACCCACCCGGGAUUCUGCAAGGGAUUCCAGUGCGAACAAGGUGAGGGCUCUUCGUGCUUCUGCCCAAACGGACCCACUGACCCUACUACGUGUGAAUGCCAGACUACCCCUGGAUCAAUGACCAAAAAAUCUUUUCUGAUUGAGGAGGGUGGUGCUAUGAAGCGCAAGUGCAUCCCUGGAGCCAGUUGUGAAGAGGGGGAGGUGUUGAACUCAUUUGGGGAUAAUGUGACUGACUGCGUUAAGGAUGAGUGCAUCAAAGGUACUCCGUUUUGUGACACUGGAUCAGUGUUCAGGUUCUGUGAGGAUGGGUUUACUGCCAACUGGGAUAUGACAUGCAUCCCGGUUCAAUGCAACGACAAGAUACUAAACACGGACGUUUCCUACUGCACUUGUCCAAAGAACAGUGAAGGAAACACCCAAGAACACAAUUGUCGCUGCUUUGUCAACUACGUGUCCGACUUUGACAAGCCAGGACAAUGUCGCACUUUGUGUGACGUGGACAUGCCCAACUGUGUUAGUGAGGACACACAGCCGUGCACUGAAAGUAACAACCAGAACUGCAAGUGUGCCGAGGGGUUCCAGGCUGCUCUUCUGGACACUGACAAGAACGGGAGAGUCAUUAAUGUGGAUUCAGACGGUCGUCUUAUAUCCGAGCAUACCAAUGGCUACAAUUCCCAAAUAAGUGGAAACAAGGUGGGUUGCGUGCCCAUUUGCGAUGAUGCAUGGGAUGCGUACUGUAUAACGGAUGAAGCUGAGAUCACUAAAUGCGCGGACGGGUACACUCCCAACUGGAACCAACAGUGCGUGCCUUAUGACUGCAACGCAGGUUUCGAACCCGAGACCUAUCACUGUGACUGCGACCAGGAUGCCUUCGGGUCAUUCACUUCAGUUAUUGGUCUAAUAAUUGCAGAGGACUCUGAGUUUCCACUGACUUGCUAUUGUCUGCCUGGAUACAUCUCUGCUUUCAUGAAGGAAGAAAGGUUCUGCAAGGAACAAGUUUGCGACCCAUUCACUGACCCUUACUGCACUGCAGAGGCUAAUGACGAUGGAUCUUUGCGGGUUGAGACAUCCUCUUGCAACCAGUGGUACAUGCCUAUCAGGGAUCUUUCACGCGACACAGACCCCGAAGACUCUACAGAGGCGUGGAAAGCAGAGUAUCCUCCGGUUUGUCACUACACACAAAAUGUGAGCUACUGCCAACCUGGUUCGUUCGGGUGUGAUUCUAGUUGCGCCGUUUACCCCUGUGAGUGUGAGUAUGAAAACGGAUUCACUGUCCUAAAUGGAAAAUGUUAUCAACUCACUUGCGAUCCAGCAACAGUGGCUGCUCAAUAUCCAGAUGGAAAUGGGUACCAGUUUGCGGAGCAAAUAUGCACCUCUCAGAUUAACCCGGACUUCAACCGGGCUUACUACUAUUGCACGGCUGGAUUUUUCCCCAAUGGAACCGGCGGCUGUGACCAAGAAUGUAACAGCUACUUCCCCGAAUGUCAGAAAUACGCCGACUUCAACCAUUUCCAAUGCUCGUUCGGCUACGCGCCCAAUCUGUUUGUGACAACUGAGGGUUUCGCAGUGGACCACACCUGCAUACAGGUGGAGUGUAACUCAAUCAAGCAGAACUGUGUAUGUCCUUCUUACUAUGGCCAGACAAAAAUAAAGAUGGAAAAAGAUUGCGAGUGUGAGAUGGGCUAUGCUGCCGACGGCUUUGGGGGGUGUCAGCAGAUUUGCUACAAGGAAGGAAGAGCUGAGGGCGACGGAGUUAUGAAUUGCAAGCGAGACUGCGUAGGACCUGUGUGUAAGUGCGAUCUAGGACACUCGUUGCACUAUGACAGAGAUACCAAGUUGUACACCUGUGUCGAGGUGGACUGUCACAAGGGCAACGGGAACUGCUCUUGUGGAGUUCAGGAAGACGGGGAGCAGAUGCAAGUGCAGGAAGGGGGAGUGGAUUUUGUCAAGUACUUGGAGGAAACGGACUGUCAUUGUGUGAAUGAUACUCUACCUCUGCACGAUGGAUCAUGCACAGAGCCCAUUCUGAGGUCCUGCGUGACGUGUAGUUCGGACGAUGGGCUGAAUGCGUGUGUGGAGGAGGUGGACAUAAAUGGGAUCCGAGGCAUCACGACUAAACUGUGUGACAAGCACUCUGGCUACUUCGGCUGCUGGGUGCGGGAACAGGAGUGGCUCAAUGGCAGCUACUACUUCGAGAGAGGCUGUGGAUACUACUGCUCCGACUCAUACUACAACAACACCUACUGCUACACAAACCAGAAGGGAACAGAUAAUGAAGAGACCAUCUGUCAACAGUGCUGCAAAGACGAGGACGACUGCAAUAUACUCAAAUUAGCCUCCUUCGCUAAUCUUCCCGCCACCCUGCAGUACCCCAAGCUACUCACAGCCAUACUCGCUGCCUUCACGUGUGCUGGAUCGGUCAAAGGCCACUUCCUCAUGACCUAGUUUUCAGCGCGGACCCUCAAUGAACAUAACCAACAAAGAAAAAUUUUGGACGAAAGCUCACUCACCGAUUCCCGAGUGGUUCCUAGAAACCAUUCGGUAUACUCGAACUUCAUCUUUCAGAAGCAAUGUAUAUUUAUUUUAUUGUGUGGUUGAAAUUUCGGUUUCAAAAUUAGCUCUUGAGACUUCAUCAGCAUAUCAUAUAUCAUUUUGAGAUUUCAGUGUAAAAUU